GGCAGGAAUCAAAUCUGCGCAUCAGUCCAUAGAUUUCCUGCAUGGAUAGUAAAGAGCAACGGCAAUCCGUUUUCAAACGGCUGGGCAAACCAACAAAUGCCAAAGACAGCAGACGUAUAUUUGAGACCUCUGGCAGUCCAACGUACCGUGAGUAUCAAACUGAAAGCGUUUGCGACUCCAGCGUGCCAUGCCACUCGGGUCGCUCGGAGAAACAGCUUGCAAUGUCUUCCAGGAAAAGGCAUUGCACGAAAACCAUUGAGGAUGAUGGCCAAUUGGGGAGGGGUUUGACAUCCUCGAAAAGACCAAGAGAGAGCCACAACAGUGGACACUUUGGAGACCACUGGGGCAACAGAAGGCUAUCGGAUGACAGACCUGGUUGCUCCUUCUGGGACGAAAGGAGCAGGGGUAAGAGUGACAGCAGGAGUCCUGGACUACUCCAGGGCACGUAUGACCAACGUGCUGAGAACCGUAAGUGGGAAUCUGCCACUCGAAAACCACCGAGAGGUAGCAGGCAAGAGGAAAAGUCUCGUGACCAAAUCAAAGAGCAAACUCGCCGAGAUUUGAGACAACUUACAUCGCUCGACACCGGUACGAAAAUUGCUUCCUGGCUAGCCUGUCGUCCAGAAUGCCUCGCGACAAUAGUCGGAAUGGAGGAGAUGAGCGAGGAUGACAUGGAGAAGCUUCUACGAGUCCUGGCAAGAGCUUGCACAGAAGGCACAUACUUCCAAAGCAUGCUUAAGAUAGUGCUAAAUGCAGUUGCAGACUCCCAGUUCUUCAAAAAGCACCUACCUGAGUGGAUCAUGAGGAUACGAUUUAGCGAUAAGUUUGAGACAAUAGUCGGAGAUAUAUGUAGCCUCUGCUCUUCGAUCCUUCAAAUCUUUCCAAAGCAAGCCGUUCACGUAGCUUUGGUAUUGAGUCUGUUGUAUGCCAACUAUCACUCACAAAUGAAGCAAAAGGAAUGCUCAUCAGGUGACAACAUGCUCGAUAAAAUCAGAGAACUUAUCGAUGACUGCAAUGUCACUCUAUCCGAAGUCCAAGACAUGCAAAAACACAAAGCACUCAACAAGUUCAGAAAGAUGUGCAUAAUUCCUGAUUUGGACGAGAUACGCAUCGACGUUAAGCCGAUCCUGAAUCCAAAUUUAAAGCACGGGGCGUAUGACAGCGUUGACUCCUACCUCGAUACGCAGUUCCGUCUCCUCAGGGAGGAUUUUGUGGCACCUUUGCGAGCUGGAAUAUGUUCCUUCAUCAAACAGCAGCAGGGGGAGUCCGCGCAGAAACGAGUAGAUGACGUCCGAGUGUAUCGCAAAGUCCACAUCAUGCAGCCGGUCUGCGGGUUGGAUGGCGUCUCAUACAGCGUCAAGUUUGAUAUCAGUGGGUGGAAUCCUCGACGGUUAGCCAGUCAAAAGAUAUUACGCUACGGCUCUCUGGUGUGUCUGUCAGCUGACGAGUUCAUGAAUAUUUGCUUCGCCGUGGUCACUAAUCGAGAUCAACUCGCUAAAGGAAUCGUCGACAUUCACUUUCAGGAAACUGUCACUGACUGUGAUGUAUAUAACACUGAAUACAUUAUGGCAGAAUCUGAUGCCUUCUUUGAAGCUUACCGCCCUGUACUUAAAGGACUGCAGCAAAUUACACAAGGGACUCUGCCUCUUAAGAAGUACAUCAUUGAGGCGUCUUGCCUCGUUUCAGCACCUCAAUUCCUCCAGGAUGCGCCACAGGCAAAUUACGACUUGACGUCUCUCUUCAAACCAGAGUGUGCGUUUCAAGCACUUCGUCGUAGUGCAAGAAUGAGCAAUCAACAAAUCAUCAGUGAUCAGACACCUCCUCCACACUCUCCGACACGUUCCCCAACAACUUCUUCUUCAGACGAAUCAGCUCCUUGGAGGAGUUCCGCAUACACCCAACCGUCGUUCGGAAGUGUGUGGACGUGUUAUCGUUUCGAUCAAGAAAAAGGGAGAAAAAAUAGUGAAAAGAGAGGAAUAAGCAAUCUUUGCGAAACAAAGAUAUUAGAGGAUUCAUCUAAUCCUGGCCAAAUACCGAUUCGUAGAUUCGAGGCAUGGCCUGGCGAGAGUGUUACCUGUUUAGACGAGUCACAGAGACGGGCCGUUUAUGCGGCUCUGACGCAGGAAUUGGCAGUGAUACAAGGUCCGCCCGGAACGGGGAAAACCUACGUAGGACUGAAAAUCAUGGAGGUCCUCCUCAACAAACGCAACCGUGAUGUAUGGUCCGGCGAAAAGAUCAAGAGGCCUAUCCUCGUCGUUUGCUACACAAACCAUGCGCUAGACCAGUUUUUGGAAGGAAUACUUCAAUUCGAGGGGGAUGUUGUCCGCAUUGGUAGUCGAAGCAAAAGUCAGACACUGGAAAAGUACAACCUUAAACAUGUGAAGCAACAAAAAUUGCAGGCAAUCGAUGAUGAAGAACGACUGGACAUCAUCAAGGACAAACUCAGGCUCUUGAGAAACAGGGAUGCUUGUAAGCGUUCAAUCGAAGACAAAGUGAGAGAAGCGUCUGCUUUCACUAAGGCUGUGAUAGGCUUUAAGAAGUUGGAGCGUGUUAUGACUCCUCGGCACAUUCAAAGUCUUUGUAGUCGACCAAUCACAGAUUCGGCCAUCAUUUCGCACUGGCUUGAACUGGAGUCUUUCCUGUUGAAUUAUUCACGAUCUAGACUUCACCUGGAGCAGGUCCGUGGCCAUCAAGAUGAUGUUUAUCAGGAGGAUUUAGACAGUGAAGAGGAAAGAAUGCUGGACGAUGAACUGGACGGUACAUCUACCUUCACACGGAUAGCUAAGAGAGGAAGUGUGACAGAGCACACAGGCGGUGAUUUUAUACUGGAACAGUUUAAGAUUGUGGUGGAAAGGGGGGAGGAUGGCCCAAACAAGCAAGAUAAGCUGAAAGCAUUACAAUAUAUAGAACGACACAUGAGAAGCACCGACAGGUUGAGCCAGAAUGAGGCCAAUGAGAUAAACGAUGUCUGGAAUCUUCACAUUGAAGACAAAUGGAAGCUUUACAGGCACUGGGUUGACAUGUAUCGUACUGACUGCUUAAACGCGACCUCCAAACCUACACAAGAGUACGAUAUCUUAACGCCAGCAAUCAAAGAGAUUGAAAAUGUCGAGGUGUGUCGUAUCCUGAGAGACGUGAAAGUGAUUGGCAUGACCACGACCGGUGCUGCCAAAUGGCAGUCGGUGUUGCAGCAGGUCGGGCCCCGCAUUGUUGUGGUAGAGGAGGCUGCUGAGGUGAUGGAGGCACACGUCAUCACCACCCUCAGCCAGCAUUGCCAGCAUCUGAUACUUAUUGGAGAUCACCAGCAGCUGAAGCCGAACCCUGCUGUCUACCGUCUGGCCAAACAGUAUAACCUGGACAUUUCCCUUUUCGAACGACUGGUCAACAACAACUUCCCGCUGCAGACCCUCGCUCGACAACACCGCAUGCGUCCUGAGAUCUCAGAGAUUAUGAGGAAUCACUUCUACAAGGACCUGCAAGACGAUGACUCGGUUCUUGGCAAGGAAAAGGUACGUGGAAUAACAAAAAAUAUGUUUUUUAUCAACCACGGGUUCACCGAGGAUAGUUGCGAUGACGGGAUGAAAAGCCACUCUAGCAAGCACGAAGCUGAUAUGAUAGUAGCUCUCAGCAAGUACCUUCUUCAGCAAGGCUACUCCGCCUCACAGGUUACUAUUCUAACCGUAUACACAGGUCAGCUGCUGUCUAUCAAGGCCCUUUUACGUGACGAUCCAAAUCUAGACGGGGUGCGCGUGUCUGUAGUGGAUAACUACCAGGGAGAGGAAAGUGACAUUGUCUUGCUCUCUCUCGUCCGAAGUAAUGACGAGGGCGUCAUCGGCUUCCUCAGCACACACAACCGCAUCUGCGUCAUGCUUUCGAGGGCCAAGCUGGGGCUCUUCUGCAUCGGGAACUUCGACCAGCUGGCUGCUAAGAGUGACAAGUGGAAGGCGAUCACGGGUGAAAUGAGAGAAAAACAGCUGCUUGGCGACAGUCUUGUCCUGGCCUGUUCUGUUCAUCCCGAAGUAGAAACCAAGGUUGCCUGCGCUGCAGAUUUCAAGAAGGUACCUGAUGGUGGCUGCACUCGGCCUUGUGAGUUUCGCUUAACUUGCGGUCACGUCUGUACCAGAUCAUGUCAUCCAGACGACCGUUCACACACGAGGUUUGUGUGCCGUAAACCAUGCGAGAGAGCAUUUUGCGAGGCAAAACACAAAUGUCCGAAUUUGUGCGGCGAGGAGUGUCCAAGGGUCUGCGAGCACACUGUCGUUAAGCAGCUUCCUGGAUGCGACCAUUCAGCUAAGAUGAAAUGCUUUAACAAUCCAGCCUAUUUCGACUGUGUUGAGAAGUGUGGUAAACAACUUCAAUGCGGCCACACCUGCAGAAAUAAAUGUGGGCAGCCAUGUAUCGACAGACGUUGCGUGGAGAAGGUUUUACGUUCUGAUCUGCCUUGCGGUCAUCAAGAGAUGAUGCCGUGCUCUGACGAUGCUGACCAGUGUCCAGCUCUUUGUGGCAAUAUUCUGGCGUGUGGUCACAAAUGUCCCGGUAAAUGUUCCAGCUGUCUUGGAGGAAGACUACACGUGUCUUGCAAGCUAAAAUGUGGUCGAAUUCUUGUGUGUGGGCACAAGUGCCGAUUUCCGUGUGCCAGCAACUGUCCACCUUGUCAAGCCAAAUGUGAGAAUCGAUGCAUUCACAGCGAGUGCAAGAAAAAAUGUUGGGAGCCAUGCACACCCUGCCAGGAGCCCUGCAAGUGGAAAUGCCGCCAUCACAAAUGUGGCAAGAAAUGUAGUGAACCGUGCGAUCGGCCACCGUGCGAUAAGCCAUGCAUGAAGCGGCUCCGUCCUAUAAAAAAAUGCGGCCACCCCUGUAUCGGCAUGUGUGGUGAACCCUGUCCCACCAAAUGCCGUGUCUGUGACAAGAAAGAAGUCACUGAAAUUUUCUUCGGUUGUGAGGACGAAGAUGGUGCCACCUUUGUGCAGCUACGCGACUGCGGUCACGUCAUUGAAGUGUCCGGUCUGGAUCAGUGGAUGAAACAAACAGACCAUUCACCCUCGGAGUUUGCUGAUGGAAACGAUGCAGAUAGGCCGGUGGAUGCGGAGGAGCCUACCUCUGUGUCCAUUCAACUGAAGUCUUGUCCAAAAUGUAAAACCCCGAUCAGACGAAGCACACGUUACGGCAGUAUCAUCAACAAGAUGUUGGAGGAUAUUGAGAGGGUCAAAAGUCAAGUCAUUGGGGAAUCCGACCAGAACAAUCAGAGGAAACGAGAGAUCAAGUCAAUGCUGUCGGAAGUCAAAGAAAGUCGUCCUUUCAAUGAAAAGUCCGUGGACACCAUUGCUAAACCCCUACGAUCCGAAUCGCCGUCUCUUUACGAACUGAACCUGCUUCACAAUCAAACUAAUUUCGCAAUUGAAGUCGUGAAACUCGACAAGCGACUCGCCCAGAAGGUAAUGGAAUCACUCUUGUACCUCCAGACAGCGACGAACACCAAACAAGUCGCACGUCGGCUGUUCAAUCCAGCGAGACCUUUUCGAGGCACUGAGCAAGAGCUGCUGGAUUUUCCCAACGAACUCCGGCGCCUCAAUCUCUGCAUCGAUGCAUGUGAGUUCACAGAUGUCCUACAGACGUCGCAGAGCGGUAUUGAGGAAUUAAAAAGUCAGAUGAAGAAAGUCAAUCAACUGCUCCUUAGUGGCAAGCCACUGACUUCAGACGGCGAGCUGGAAACCACAGAGCUCUUGCAGAAGAUAGGAAAGAGUGUGGGUGGUUUGGGCGUCAGCGAACAGACGAAGGUCAUGAUAGUCAAGGCGAUGGGUCUGUCGAAGGGUCAUUGGUACAAAUGCCCCAAUGGGCACGUAUAUGCCAUCGGCGAGUGUGGUGGAGCCAUGCAGAGCGCCAAGUGUCCCGCGUGUCAGGCAGAGAUCGGAGGUGCGAGCCACCAGUUGGCUAGUGGUAACAGUGUAGCCUCAGAGAUGGACGGGGCCCAGUACGCGGCAUGGUCGGAGCAGGCAAAUCUUGCCAACUAUGACCUCUAGAAUACACAACUCGACUUACCAGUAAACGGCCAGUUAGUGUUUGCUUAAAUGUUUAAUUUCAAUUUGAAGUGUAAAAAAAACUCCUAGCUGC